AUGUUUGUGCUUCAUGAAUCCCAGAAGCUGCAUAUUCUGUAUGAAUCCCUGGAAAAGAGCAUCCCUGAGUCCUUGAAGGUAUAUGGUGCCGUUUUCAACAUUAAAAAUAAAAAUCCAUUCAACAUGGAGGUGCUGGUGGAUGCCUGGCCAGAUUAUCAGAUAGUCAUUACUCGGCCUCAGCGAGAGGAGAUGAAGGAUGACCUGGAUCAUUAUACUAACACUUACCAAAUCUUCACCAAAGCUACUGACAAGUUAGAGGAAGUCCUGGCACAGCCCCAGCUUAUCAAUUGGGACCAAGUCUUCCAGAUCCAAGGUUGCCAAGAGAGCUUUCAAGAGGCAAUAAGAAAGAUUUCGGCUUCAAAAUCAGUGCGGGUGGAUUACGUGAAGACGAUACUCAUUAUGACAGAAAUGCCGGUGGAACCCAAUGAUGACCAGGUGGAUGUGAUGGAGUCAUUUAAAAUGCCCAAAGUGGAUGACGAUACCAAGAAAGGAAGCUUUCAGAACAUUUCCUUGGAUCCCUCCCAUGCAGGGCUUGUGAAUGAACAGUGGACAUUUGGGAAAAAUGAUAGGAGCUUGAAAUAUAUUGAACGCUGCCUCCAGAAUUUUCCAGGAUUCGGUGUGCUGGGUCCAGAGGGGCGCCUUAUCUCUUGGAUUGUGAUGGAACAGUCCUGUGAGAUGAGAAUGGGCUACACUGUCCCCAAAUACCAAAAGCACGGCUAUAUGAAGAAAACCAGUGUUCACCUUAUGAAUUAUGUUAUUCAGAAAAAAGUGCCAUGUUAUUUUCAUGUGUCAGAACAUAAAGAAGAAUCCAAUCAGGCACUGAGGGAUCUGAAGUUUAAGGCUGCUUCUUGUGGUUGGCAUCAGUGGAAAUGCAGUCCUGAGAAAUAUUGUUGA